AUGAUACACGAUGCAAUCUUCCUAAUACUGUUCUUUGAGAGGCGCGUCGUUGUGGUUUACGAGAGAGGAUACUCCCUGGCGGUGCAGGAGUCGGGCGAGCGGCCCCACUGGUGCGUGGUGGCCUACUGGGAGGAGAAGACCCGCGUGGGGCGCCUCUACUCCGUCCAGGAGUCCUCCCUGGACGUCUUCUACGACCUACCUCAGGGCAACGGCUUCUGCCUGGGCCAGCUGUGCUCGGACAACAAGUCGCCGCUGGUGCAGAUGGUGCGCGCCAAGAUCGGCUUCGGCGUCCAGCUGACGCGCGAGGCGGACGGCGUGUGGGUGUACAACCGCAGCGGCUACCCCAUCUUCAUCAAGUCGGCCACACUGGACAACCCGGACUCGCGCGCGCUGCUGGUGCACAAGGUGUUCCCGGGCUUCGCCAUCAAGGCGUUUGACCUGGACAAGGCGGCGAGCCUGCGGCGGCCCAACGACCACGAGUUCACGCUGCAGCCGCGCACGGGCUUCACGGUGCAGAUCAGCUUCGUGAAGGGCUGGGGGCAGUGCUACACCAGACAGUUCAUCGGAAGCUGCCCCUGCUGGCUGGAGGUGAUCUUCAACACGCGGUAGCCCCCGCCCCCACCCCUCACCCCCCCCACCCCACGGCCCCAGCCCCGCUCGCCUCUCCCUCCUCUGGUUCCUCUGAGUCCGCUUCGAGGAGCCUUUUCACGGACUACAGCGGGGCCGCUGCCCCCCGCCUCCCCCCUCGCCCCCCACACACACUUUUUUUUGUUUUGUCCCAGAGGUUUAAAGUUUAAGAGAAAAAAGUUUUAAAAGAAGAAGAAGAAGACGAAGAAGAUGAGACUCUAAAGGAUUCUGACAGACUUUGUUUAAUAAAUGACUAAGGUUUAACUAAAGUAAAAUAAGAUGCGGAAGAAAUGUAUUUUAUGUUAUAUAUAAAUAUAUUAUUACUUGUAAAUAUAAAGAUGUUUUAUAUGCAUCAUUAUUUAUGUAUUGUGCAAUGUGUUGAUGAGAAAAUGAAAUAAGAUGCACUUUGCUUAAUAUAAAUGCAAAACGAAGAAAUGCCAAAAUAAAAAAAAAAUGACAUAACUUCUCUUGCCUCCAUUGUUUGAUACAAUGUUAAUUUAAUGAGUUCUCAUGGCUCAUUCACGACACGUUUGAGCUAGAAUUGCCCACGUUUCUUUGAUUACAUGUUAAUAUAUAUCUUUCGUUUUUAAAAUUGUUGUUCGGUCAUUUAAUCCUCUCUAACCAAAACCAUCAGUGGAAAAAUCUAGCAAGGGACUUAUUAUAGUUUUAAUCUUGCGCAAUAUUGUAGAUGUAAUGUGGCUGUCUAUUGGUUAGUGCUGUUUGACUCCCAGCCACACGGUUCUGCUGUCAAACCCAAAGACCUGUAGGCCUCCCCGAGUGAGAUGGACCCUUACCUUCUCAUUAACGACAUGAAUGGCACUUUAUCAUGUCACUUUGGAUAGAAGCAUCUGCUAAAAUGAUUUAAUAGUUGUGAGUUAUGAACUGCAGCCUCCACCCCCAUGUAAAGGUCCCUUUUAGAGACCUCGGUUAACUGUUAGCUAACCCAGAUAACGUUUUCAAGAAUGAAUACAUUUAACAGGAACGGGGAAGUCUUUACAAAAACACAUUUAUUAUAGUGCAUGGCAGGGACAUGAAAGACUGUACCCACUGUAGACAAGAAAAAUUGUAGCCACUUACUAAUUCAUGACAAAGAAACAUCACCCAGAAAAUCCUUUUAUUGUAAGACUGUCUGGGGGAACUUUUUUAAGGAAGAUUACAUCGAAAUGGGCUGUUUUCUGUGCAUUUCCAAGUAUGAGAAAUGUUUCUUUGUGCACAAAAAACCUAAUCUUCAUGUUGAACAGAUCGCGGAUAUUCUUGAUGAUCCCACUUGGAUAAAUGUGUGUGUCUGCCUGUCUAAGUGUGUGUGUGUGUGUUUGUGUGGCUGUGUGUGUGUUUGUGGCUUUGUGUGUGUGUGUGUGUGUAGCUGUGUGGCUUUGUGUGUGUGUGAGAGUGUGUGUGUGUAGCUGUGUGUGGCUGAGUAUGUGUGUGUAGCUGUGUGUGUGUGUGUGACUGUCUGGGCCUCAUCCCGUUGCUAGUCAGCUGGGUGUCUGCGGCAGGGAUUAAAGCGGUAAGCCUGCUUUACACUCGCGCCGUCUCAAAGACCUACAUUCACAAGACCCACUUCCCCUCACACAACAACCAUUGGCACAGCCAUUGUGGUGAAGUAUAGCAGCAGUGCUCUCUCUUUGCACCACGACUUUACAUGAAUUCAAAUCUAUUUCACCUAGUCAGAGUGUCUCGCUGGACCCAAUCCAAAACUUUAUGAGUUUAUUUUGAAUUUCACACAAUGUCACGCCCAUUCCAGGCAACCAUCUUGAUGCCUUUUCACCAUUACAAUACGAGUAAAGACAACAGCUUGGUGACUCUUGAUUCUAUUUUCGGUUCAGAAAGUACCUAGCUGGCAGGCAUGGGGCUUCUUUUGUGGACCUUUGAGAUGGCCUGAUGGAAAAACCCUCCAAUAAGGUGUGUUCCUGAUUUUGAUGGAACCGUAAUCCGGUCGGGAACUCCCUGGCCUGCCUUACGGUUCUUUGAAUGGAGAAGUAUAGGUUGGGCCGGGUUUCGACUGGUAUCCCAGCCAUUGUGUGUUUGGGUAGAUUGGCGAGAAAGAUAGUCUGCCUCUUGUCACGCUCCCCGCGUGGGCUUAGCCUACCUGCGAGUCAGCGUGAAUGGAGAGGACGAGAUAGGC